AUGUCGGGACUCUCCCGCCUGCUCUGGGCCGCCGCCUGCCUGGCCGCGCUCUGUGUGCUGAACGCGGAGGAGAGCACGACUCACAGCAUCAUCCUGGCCCUGAACACGACUUCGGCGCCCCCCAACCACACGGCCACCACGCCGCCGCCGCCGCCGCCGCCGCCGCCGACCGUCGCGCCGCUCCCCACUCACGUACCAGAAAUCUGUGAUAACCACAACAGCUGUGCUUCCUGUAUUAAUGCUAGCAGUGAUAUUGCUAACACUACCUGCUUUUGGAUGGAAUGUAAAGAAGGUAAAAGCUACUGCUCACAUAAUUCAACAGUUACUGGUUGCGAGGUGGUGAAUAGUACAAAUUUCUGCUCUGUGCCCACCAUCUCUCCGUUGCCAACCAAUUCUACAGCUAAAACCACAACUAUGCCUUCCGUUUCUACUACAACUGCUACGCCAGGUUCAACUAACACAACUUUAAGUCCAACUUCACAACCUACGCGAAAGUCUACCUUUGAUGCAGCCAGUUUCAUUGGAGGAAUUGUCCUUGUCUUAGGUGUACAGGCUGUAAUUUUCUUUCUCUAUAAAUUCUGCAAAUCAAAAGAACGAAACUACCACACUCUGUAA